UAUAAAACCUACUAAUUGAUUUUAAUGGAUAAAUUAGAUCAUUUUCUUCUAUGGCCCCUAAGGUCUUGUAUAGAGACAUUAAGUUUGAUUAAAUGGAGAGAAUUACGAAUUCAAGUUCGUAUUGUGAUGUUCUAAAACCAGCAGCCUUGCAGGCAAAAAAGUUUUAAACAUGAAGUGAUGCAGUUACAAAUGUGCUCAACUUGGCGGAUAUUUUCCAUUAAAACAAGUUCUAUUUGUGCAACACUGUGAUAUUACAAACAAUUCGAACACAAAUGACCAUGAAAAAAACCGAAGAAGACAAAAACUCCAGCAUUAAAAGCGAAAACAGUUGCAAGAAUAAAAAAAGAAGAACCGGAGUGCACAAAAUGGAAACGGCAAAUGAAAGUCUAAUUUUUGAAAAUCAUCGUUUUCUCAGCACUCUAUCGCUAGGAAAAAGGAAAAUAUCCGAGGAUUUGCCCCUUGGGACCCAAGGCACCUUUCGUCAAAAAUCAUCAACAUUUGAACACACGUUAUCAUUUAGCGGCUGCGCACGAGCUGCUCGCCAGUCGAUCGGUAAUAUAGGAAACAUACUGUCGAGAAAGAUGGCGGCGUCAACGUCUCAACCGUCAGUCCCUUGGCCAAAUUCCAAGGAUGAUUACGAAUUAGGCAAAGUAAUCGGUGUUGGAGCGACAGCAGUGGUCCAUGGAGCAUUUUGUAAGCCCAGAAAUGAGAAAUGUGCCAUCAAAAGAAUCAAUUUGGAAAAAUGGAAUACUUCAAUGGAUGAAUUACUCAAAGAAAUUCAAGCAAUGUCGAGCUGCAACCACGAAAAUGUGGUCACUUACUAUACAAGUUUUGUUGUAAGGGAGGAACUAUGGCUUGUCCUGAGACUACUUGAAGGAGGCAGUCUGUUGGACAUAAUUAAACACAAGACGCGUGUAUCAAACUGCAAACAUGGAGUAUUCGACGAAUCAACAAUUGCCACAGUUUUAAGAGAAGUUUUGAAAGGUCUCGAAUACUUCCACAGUAACGGUCAGAUUCACAGAGAUAUUAAAGCUGGGAAUAUUUUGCUUGGUGAAGAUGGCACGGUCCAAAUUGCGGAUUUUGGCGUAUCUGCGUGGUUGGCAACCGGUAGAGACCUCUCUCGGCAGAAAGUGCGACACACAUUUGUUGGAACUCCUUGUUGGAUGGCUCCCGAGGUCAUGGAACAGGACCACGGUUAUGACUUCAAGGCAGAUAUCUGGUCGUUUGGCAUCACCGCUAUUGAAAUGGCAACUGGCACGGCCCCAUAUCACAAAUACCCCCCAAUGAAGGUACUUAUGCUCACUCUUCAAAACGAUCCCCCGAAUUUAGACACAGGAGCCGAGGAAAAGGAUCAGUAUAAAGCCUAUGGUAAAACGUUCAGAAAAAUGAUCACAGACUGUCUGCAAAAGGAUGCAUCAAAGAGGCCCACAGCUUCGGAAUUGUUGAAACAUCCGUUUUUCAAAAAGGCGAAGGAUAAGAAAUACUUGCAGCAAACACUGGUGGCUAUAGGACCGAGUCUGGAGACGAGGGUUCAAAAGGCGUCGAAACGGCAACCUGGGGCCUCUGGAAGGUUGCACAGGAAAGAGACCGGUGAAUGGGUGUGGUCGAGUGAGGAUGAAGGAGAAGAUGCGGCAUCUAGUGAGAGUGACACUGACUCGAAACCCAUGAAUACGUUAGCAUCAGCAGGGUCGUCGGGAUCGGACCAUGAAAGUAGUGAAGGUGAUCCACCACCAGUUAAUUUAGUGCUGCGAAUGAGAAAUGCGAAGCGCGAAUUAAACGACAUCCGAUUUGAGUUUGCUGUUGGAAAAGAUUCGGCCGAAGGUAUUGCCAGUGAGUUGGUCGGUGCUGGGCUUGUAGAUGGUAAAGAUAUCGAAGUAAUCACGCAAAAUCUUAAGAAGCUUAUUGACUCGAGAGAUAUGAUAAAAGUUGUAACCUUUCCAUUGAAUUCAGGACUGACUAAUAAUGAAACUCCGGAUGAUAAGGCACUGAUAGGAUUUGCACAGAUAUCAAUAACUGACUGAAACAGACUGGAAUCGUAAUCCCUAUCAAUAUCUCCUGGAAUCUACUGAUCAAAUUGUAUAUAGUCUAGGUAGGUUUUAUAAAUUAACUCUAAUUUUAUGCACCACCAAAAAUGUUUCCGAUUUGUUCACUGCUUUUUGUUAAUUUAUUUUUGAGAAAUUUUGUUGUGAUCAAUAGAUUUCAAGUAUUUGUACUUAAUAGUUAUUUGCAGCUGUCAAUAAUUGUUACAAUAAGAUUUAUUAUAGUUUAUUCCAACUGUCAUGUUUUUAAAGAUUUUUAUUGAACUGUUAGAUUUUAAGAAAACCAUAUUGCCUUUUUUUAGAAAGCUAGAAAUGUAACAGAUUGGUUUUGCUUCGUACUAAAAAUAUUUAAUUAGUCUUAUACUUUGAAUAUGGCCUAUGAUACGGCAAGCCAAUAUGUUGCUGAGUGAUGAAUUUAGUAGUUUGUAUGUGGGAUUGGUAACGUUUGUAAAUAUAUUAUUUAUUUAUUUCAAUAAUGUAGAUGCAAUAUUAAGAAAUGGUUAAAAAUAGUGGAGUACUUACUGUCUUUUUCAUAACUUAAGCAAAGAAUCGAUCAUAUCCUGCCUGAUACAUUCAUAUUACAUCCUUUUUAUUUCCAAAUUACACAACUCCAUUUUAUAUUUUUUUAUAGUAAACAAUUAUUCUAAUUAUAUAUUGCAUAAAGUAUUUUCAAAAUUGUGAGAACUCUUAAUUUCCCCAAAAUAUUUAUUUUUUGAGUAGUAAGAUUUUUGUAAACCACGAUCUGUAAUUCUCAAUCUUAACGUUAGUUUUAAUACAAUAGAAUAUCAGAAGUCAGUGGAGGCCACAAUUCCUACAGUUAAAUCUAUCUAAUGGUCCUCCAACAAAAAUAAAUAUUCAAUGUUAUGCU